AUGAUGUUUAGUGACCUUGACAGAGAUAUCUUUGUGUCUUGUGAGGAGCUGUACCAGUAUCUUGAAGAGGCGGAAAGCGUUGCGAAGGCUACUGGAUCGGCCAAACCGGAGCGAACCCCCCGACUGAAGAAGCGUCGUCGAACACCGACACCUGAAGAGCAGAUUGACGACCGUGACGAGCACGCUUUUACUGAAGACGAAGAACACGUCACCAAGCGUCAGUAUCUAGAUGAUGCUUCUUAUGAGGGAAGCUCUUGA